AUGCCUCAUCAUGAGCAUAUCCUGAGGGGAGUUAUUCUUGGAGAGAUGAGUGGAGAUGAUUUCGAGUUGGCACUGCUAGUCCGGCUUUUGACUUUAACCAAGCCAAUCGUUCUCAAAGCAACAAACCUUAUCGGCGUGAAUCCAACGGAGAUUAUAAUGGACUUUAAGGAUCAUGGGACAAUCCAUCAAGGCAUGACUUCUCUUGGACGUGGCUAUGGACAUGUACUGAGUCAUUGUCAUUCGACUUAUCCUCGCUUUGAUUUCAUACUCGACACAAUGUUUAUCCAGGUGUCCAUAAGUAAUUUCCAAGAACACGAGAAGAAACAAAUUAAGCAAAUCCAGAACGCUUUUGAUAAGAGAGGUCCCGACGGCAGAAAUCAGAUCGAAAGCUAUUUGGACGAAGUAUUUGGAGGUAAUCAUUCCGCCAUAAUUGACGAUGGGCAUUUUGUUGUCAAAAAGGAUGGAGAGCCAGUAACUGGAUUUAAAAUAGUUUACAUGCGU